GUGAGCGAGGAGCUGAGGAGCGGAGAGACACUUGAGGAUCUUCGGCACUUCACAUGUACACGAGAGCUGACCACGCUGGCUGACUGAAGGUCCAUUUAGUGUGGAGGACAGUGUUUUUCAGACCCCGAAGACGAGGUUUUGACUGAUGUAGGUCGCGUUUUGUACAUUGUGCUCUCCUUCAGGAAGACUCCUCACUCGGCACAGCUCAGCUCCGCGCGGUUAGUGUCAGUGUAUGUGUUCAGCAUGUGUGUACAGAGCCCGUCGUGCCCCAAGCUGACGGAUGGCUAACGGGGAGGGCAGCAGCUCGGACAUGGCAGCAGCAGCCCUGCAGCAGUGCCAGCUUCUUCAGAACAUCAUCGACAUCUCCAUCUGCAGCCUGAAGGGACUCCGCACCAAGUGCACAGCAUCGUGUCACCUCACCCAGCAGGAGAUCCACACACUGGAGGUGAAGCUGUUGAUGUACAUCACUAAGCAGCUGCAGUGUAAGCAGAGAGUUCCAGUUUGUGAGCGCUCACUGGCCCUCGACUCGUACCCACACCUCGUAGACUGGCUGCACACCAUCAACCUCAGGCCUGAGCUCAUACAGGCAGUACCGGUGAAGCUGUCUCUAGAGGGGAUGCUGCAGAUGUCAGGUGCUCAGGUGCAGGAGACCAUGAGGAAACUGGGCUCCAGUACUGAUGAGUGUUCCCGCAUCACUGCUGCCCUCUCCUGCCUAAAGAGUGCCACUGACUCAAGUCAGUCCCACUCCUCCUGCGCUGCUGCAGGAACAGGGCGGGAGCUGAAAGAUGACAGAAUUCCAUGGAUAGUAGAACCUCCUCUGACCUCCUCAGGCUCCUGCGCUCCUCGCUCCAUCUCUGUGUCCACCGUGCCCUCCCUGGAUUAUCCCAACCUGUACUUCUGUGACGGACUGGCUGACCCAUUUCACCCCUCGCCCCAGAUGGGUCGGCGGCCUUUGGGCCUGGCGUCGACUCCUCCUUUGACCCCGCCCACCAACAGGGUCACUGUGUUGAAGCCCCCACGCACCCCUCCGCCCCCCUCUAACAGACUGCGGCAGCUCCUGCCCACACUCGCCCUGCCCCGCAGCAAGAGCCACACACAACUGGCAAACCGAGUGGACGAGCUUGCGCCCAACAAGAAUGGGAAGAAGAAGCCACUUCUAAACGUGCAGGUGAAUGGUGGAGGGAAUGGCUAUGAAGACAUGCCCUCCUGCUCACCGCUGCUCUCUGCCUGGUCUUCACACACUCUACCCAACACACCCAUCUUGCUGGAGAGCCCCACACUGAGAACAGUCCAAAAAAGUUCUCCACAGACCAUACGGAGAGAUUUUGGCCUUACUUUCUCACACAGAUUUUCUACCAAGUCAUGGCUGUCUCAGACUUGUGAGGUGUGUAAGAAGAACUUGAUGUUCGGCGUAAAGUGUAAACACUGCAAGUUAAAGUGCCACAACAAGUGUACCAAAGAGGCACCUCACUGCAAGCUACCCUUUCCAGUUACACCAAUCAGAAGAACAGAGUCAGUUCCAUCAGACAUCAAUAAUAGGAUAGACCAAAAGCAGAAGUCUUCAAAAUCUGAAACAUUACCAAAUCCAAUAAACAAAAAGGACCAGAAUCCAUCUGUGAGUCAGCUGGACUCCAGCAGUAACCCCUCUUCUACCACCUCCUCCACACCGUCUUCACCUGCUUUCAGCCAGAGUAACCCAGCCAGUGCUACUCCACCCCCCAACCCCUCUCCCAAAUGGCCUCGGGACAACCGCUUUAACUUUCCAGCUGCCUGCUACUUUCAACUCAGACAACAGUUUAUCUUCCCUGACGUAUCACAUCCAGAUGGCAGUCAGGACAGAGGUGAGACAGAGCAAGCGGCAAGUGAGCUGACAUUGCAGUCUGUGAGGCAGGAAGAAACUGUGAAUGAGGACGUGAACGAUGAUGAUCAGGAGGAGCAUGAGAGGCAAGAAGAUGCUGCUUAUGACGAUGAAGGUGAAGGUGAAGACGAUGAUCUAGACGACCUGCCCAACUCCAGGAGUCCCUGGAAGGGGCCCAUCUCCCGCAAGCAUAGCCAGACCAGUGUGUACCUGCAGGAAUGGGACGUGCCUUUCUGGCAGCUGGAGCUUGGGGAGCUGAUCGGAAAAGGCCGCUGGGGGAAGGUGCACCGGGGCCGCUGGCACGGCGAGGUGGCCGUGCGGGUGCUGGAGAUAGACGGAAAUAAUCAGGAUCACCUGAAGCUCUUCAAGAAGGAAGUGAUGAACUACAGACAGACUCGGCAUGAGAACGUGGUGCUGUUUAUGGGAGCCUGCAUGAACCCACCCCAGCUGGCUAUCAUUACGAGUUUCUGCAAGGGCCGAACGCUGUACUCUGUUGUGAGAGAUUCUAAAACCUCACUUGACAUCAAUAAAACGAGGCAAAUCGCUCAGGAAAUUGUAAAGGGAAUGGGGUAUCUCCACGCAAAGGAAAUUGUGCACAAAGACUUGAAAUCCAAGAAUGUGUUUUAUGACGCAAACAAAGUGGUGAUCACAGAUUUUGGCCUAUUUGGCAUGUCUGGAGUGGUGCAAGAGGAUCGGCGAGAAAAUGAGCUGAAGCUGCCACGUGGCUGGAUCUAUUACCUGGCUCCUGAGAUUGUGCAGAGGAUGUGUCCUGGCAACGAUGAGGAUCGGCUGCCUUUCUCUAAGGCUGCUGACGUUUAUGCCUUUGGCACUAUCUGGUACGAGCUGCAGGCACGGGACUGGCCCCUUACCAACCAGCCAGCCGAGGCUGCUAUCUGGCAGCUAGGAAGCGGAAAAGGCAUCAAGCGGCAGCUGUCCCAGAUCAGUCUAGGAAAGGAAGUCACAGAUAUCUUGUCAGCGUGCUGGUCCUUUGACCUGGAGGAAAGGCCUACGUUCUCUCAGCUCGCUGACCAGCUGGAGAAGCUUCCCAAGCUCAACCGCAGACUGUCCCAUCCUGGACACUUCUGGAAGUCUGCAGACUCGUGGCGUCAUCACUGUCUGAGGGAGGACUGUAGUCAAGGCCUGCGCUCUCGCUGCCCCUACAUUUACAAAUACGACAGUUAGACGAGUGUGCACAGCUACAGCACACUGAAGCAUGGCUGGUCCAUGAAAAGAGCUAAUGGAUCUUCUGUUUGCACAAGGUUUUUGUAUUUUAGAGAUCAAGUGAUUUGCUUUAUGGACUGUUUUCUUUUGUGAAAGCUGUUGGCUCUGAGUUUGUGUCUUAUGUGACAAUCUUUACUCUGCACUGCUGCCUUAACGGAGUAGCACAACCAAACAUGCUAAUGUAGCAAACAGUGAAUUAAAGCCAAUUAGCAUCAUGUCAUUUGCACAGUACUAAUUAGUGGCUUUUCACUUUUAUUCACUGUUAGCAUUUCUGACUGGACUAUUCCUUUAACCUAAUGAUCCAUCAUUGUGCUAGCUGAUUACCUCUUAAUUUGUUUUUUUUGUAUUAUUAUUAUAUUCAUUAAUAAGUUUCUCACAUCUUAUCAUGUUUUUCAGUUCAAAUAAUAAUAACAAUAACAAUAAUAAUAAAAAUAAUAAUGUUAAACAUUUAUUAUUUAUAUUCAUAUUUAUUAGUGUUGUCAUUUUGUAUUGAUAAUAAAUGACAGUCCUGUGGUGGUGUUGAUUAUUAUUAUUGUUGUUGUUAUUAUUAUUAUUAUUGGUGGUGUUGGUAGUGUAUUAACAAAAAACAACAAAAGAACAAUACAAAUACUGAUUGUUAUUAGAGUUUAACAUAUUUAUUACUGUUAUUAUUCUUAAUAAUAAUAAUUGACAUUAUUACAAAUGACAUUAUUACUAUUAUUAUUAUUAUUAUAAAACACUGUCUUCAUUAAAAGUCCACAAUGAUGGACUCCAGGGGGCUUUAAUUAAGUCUUAUAAUGCUUUGUUCAUUAUGGUUGGCACUGUGUCUGUUUGUAGUAGGAGUUACUUCAGUUGUACAGCUGACUGUAUUCUUACUGUCACUGCUGUCUUCCCUCUCCUGUGGUAGUAUUUAGUCAGAAUGGAACUGUUCUCCACUGUUUUGUCUGACUGGCUGGCAUAUUUCCUUUCUCUCGAUACUGAGGAUUUUCUCUUAAAGCUCUCAGCUCUGCAUGUCUGACUGUUAAACGUCAGUGGGAUGUGUGAACUCUAGGUGCUGCUGACUUUUCCUUUAUGCCUUACUUAAUCACUCAAAGCUGAUAUCUCUACUGUGCCUUAGCAGAUCUCAUAUAGAAAUCCUGUAGACUGCUGAGCUCAGCAUAAAAUGCGGCUUAAAUGAGUAGCUCGUCAUCACCUCAAAUAUUCAGUGAAAUAUUCUGAUUCUGCUCUCUUUCUCUUCAUUGGGUCGCUGGAGUACAGCAGUCAGUUCAGUAAACAGUGACUCCUCAUAUUACUGUAGUUCAGGAAUCCACUGCCAGGCUGGGCCUUCUACAAACAAGUUAUUUUGAUUUCUAGACAUUCAGUUCACUUUAUCACACAGAAUGAAGACUCUGAAACAAACACAUUCGUUGUUGAUUGUAUCUAACGUGGAAGAGAAGAAAGUGAUAGGAAAAGGAAUUUUAAAAAAGCCUUUGAUAGUCAAACAUGUCAUUUGCAUGCCUGUCACAGGGUUUAGGUAAUUAUACCACAGCUGAAAUGUGCACUUUGUGUGCGGGCUGAGUUAGACUGAGUGUGUGUGUCUGUGUGUCUGUGUGUGUCUGUGUGUCUGUGUGUGUAUGUGUGUUUGAAUGUGUGCUCUGUGUUUUUGAGUUAUUUUAGGGUAUUUUUAACUGAAUGUGAAGUUCUUGGUGAUUGAAGAUUGUAGUGUGUGGGUAUUCACAUAUUCACAGCAAAUCUUUAUGAGGAAACAGAGAUAUUGCUUUAUUUAUUGUACAGUUAAGAUUUCUAUAAUUAUUUGUACAAACUUUUAUAUGACAGUUUUCACCAUCACAUUUGGAAUAGGUACUUUAUUUGCAUUUUAUAGAUUUUAACACCGGAAUGUUGUCGAACAGAAAAUGUACAUUAUGGACAGGUUUGAUAUUUGAUAUUUUUGUACAGCAUGUCCAGUGUGUAUGGAUAGAUUAUUUUGUUCUGUCUUCAACUUUGAGAAACAAUAAAGCCUAAGUUUAUGGAUGGA